CAGCGACCCCACUUGUCCCAGGCUCUUGGUGAAGGAUGUGGCCCGCUUGUACGAGAGUGAUGGUGACCCUGGUGCUGGUGGUGGUGUGUGUGCUGACUCUCCAGGUUCUCUCUCACCCUCAACACGAAGAGUUGCCUGAGGAUCAAGUUGGAGGUCAAGACGAAGGUCAAUUUGGAGCUCAAGUUGGAGCUCAAGUUGGAGCUCAAGUUGGAGGUCAAGUUGGAGGUCAAGUUGGAGGUCAAGACGAAGAUCAAGUUGGAGAUCAAGUUGGAGGUCAAGUUGGAGGUCAAGGUGGAGGUCAAGUUGGAGGUCAAGGUGGAGGUCAAGUUGGAGGUCAAGGUGGAGGUCAAGUUGGAGGUCAAGGUGGAGGUCAAGUUGGAGGUCAAGGUGGAGGUCAAGGUGGAGGUCAAGGUGGAGGUCAAGGUGGAGGUCAAGGUGGAGGUCAAGGUGGAGGUCAAGGUGGAGGUCAAGGUGGAGGUCAAGGUGGAGGUCAAGGUGGAGGUCAAGGUGGAGGUCAAGGUGGAGGUGGGCGGCGAGGCUGGCGCAGAGGUUGGCGGCGUGGCUGGCGCAGGGGUGGUCGUGGCGGAGUGGGCGGCGGCAGCAAGACCUCCCUACAGAACGACAUCGUUGUGAAACCCGUCAUCAUAAUGCCAAACGCCACAGUGACGCCAGACAUGCUAGAACAAUUGAGGACAGAACCUGAAGCAAUGAACCAACCAAUGGGAGGAGGAGAAGUAGAACCAAUUGACAUGAAAGAGCUUCAGUAACACCCCCUCCCCCCCCCCCCCCCCCCCACCACCACCAUCUACAUUACAUUAUUUACUCUAAGGACAAAAAAAAUUAACAAGGAUAAACAUGAAGAGAAAUCAUUGUAGUUAUGAUGAACGAGACACUUGGGACCUGCAGUAAAUAUUUAAUGUCUCUAUUAUCAUAUAUUUCAGUUGUAUAAUAAGUUUAACUGUAGUCUUUCCCGUAUCAUCAGUGAUUAGUUCAUCCGUAUGAUCUUGUAUGUAAUAAGUCUACUUAUCAGUGAAAUAAAAAGUAUA